AUGCCGUCUGCUCCGGACCGCCGACUGAUGCCAAGUUUGUCUACAACGGCAUCUAUACCACCGCUAGUGCCGUCUAGCGCUCCAUCUCACGCCAUUGUCGCCAUCAAGUCUCGAGAUAUACCCGGCGGGGCGAGCUACAGCGUGCUGCGUCUACCACAGGAGCCACGACCCAAUCCCACAACUGUGGCAGAUCGUCUGGCUGCCACUCUCAUCAGGCAUCUCGAAAAUAGUCCGGACAAUACAUUCUUGCUAACUGCGGGCCACAUCAAAUUUGUGCCCGCUCGUGUAGGAGCAAGCUCUGCGCUGCGUGACUGCGUUGCCCUGCUCUGUUCUACUUGGACCAAUUUUCGACGGGCUCUACCAGUGGAGCAAUUAGUUAAUCCUGAUGCCUAUGGCAAGGCGCUGCGCAGCCUACAAAUUGCUCUCAACGAUGAACACCAGCAGCUUAGCACUGAGACGCUAGCCGCAGUCACCAUUUUGGAACGAGUCGAGAUUCUAUUCGACGCGAGUCGACCCCGCCAUAGAGCAUUGCAUGGACAAGGGAUGUACGGGUUGAUGCUCCAGAGAGGGCCUCCGAGACUCAGUGAUGAGUUGGAUACCUGUUUGGCCUUUGACAAUCUGGGAUCACUGUUGGCACUCUCGCUUGUCGAAGGAAAGCAAGUGUUUUAUCUUACGCCACAGUGGAAAGAAAAGAUGGAUGAGGCCCUGAGAAACUCUAUGGAUAUUCCUGGUGAACGUCUAGAUGCGUAUGCUCUGGACCUGCAUGGUAGUUACUGGCCAUCGCUAGUGCAUCAACUUAGGUUUGUACACAACAACCCCAACACAAUUUCAAAGAGGAAGAGCGCUGCAUCUCUCCGUGUACGAGUUUUGAACAUCAUUCCCGAGCUCAAGGUUUUGGGUGAGCGCAUAGUCGAAAAGGUGCGCAGAUUAGGUAACAUUAUUGAAUUGCCAGACAACGAAUCUCCGUUAGGCAUGAAGUAUCAUUCUGGGAACAUGGGGUCCGCACAGUGUUGGAUAACAUAUAAAAUGCUCUCCAUUGUCCUGAACCGAAUUCUACGCGAGUUGGCCAGUAUUCUAGAUGAACAAGUCACUCUCUUAGACCAUGAGCACACUACAUUGUGUCGGGACAUCUGCAUGUGCGUGGCAUACAUUGGUACAUUGGGUACGCUGCCUGCCAUUUCGACUCAACCACCAUUGUUUAUGGCUUAUGAAGGAGUCGAUGAGAUUGAGAGAGCCUAUUUACGAAAUUUUAUUCGCCAAUCUGAUAAAUUUAAGAAAAGAUUGCCACGAAGCGAUUCGGCAUUGGAAAACUUUGUGCUCAAUACAGCCUAUGCCCUCACAGGACGAGAAAAGUUUCUUUAG